GUUAAUCGUUUGCAGAACCCGGGUUAUUCCCCUUUGCACAGUAACAUAAAUAUAUGUAUAAUGGUGUAAAACAGUCUUGUGUGUAGCAAUGGAUUACACGGAAGUUGUGCAAAACUUUGUUCUUGACCACAAAAUAGGAAUCAGUGUUGCAUUAGGUGUUGGUGUUGUGUUAUGGGGAAUAAGGCGAUAUGUGAAGGGACCCAGAUAUUAUGGGAAAAGGCGCAUUGAUGGUAAAACAGUAAUAAUUACUGGUGGAAAUACAGGGAUUGGUAAAGAAACAGCAAUAGAUCUGGCAAAACGAGGAGCCAAAGUUAUAAUUGCUUGUCGUGACAUGACUAGGGGAAACAGCGCAGUUGAUGAUAUUAAACGCAUCAGUGGCAGCAAAAAUAUUUCUUUGGUACAGUUAGAUCUGGCUUCACUGAAAUCUGUCAGAAAAUUUGCUGAGGAAAUACACAGAACAGAGAAACGAUUGGACAUACUAAUUAAUAAUGCUGGCGUUAUGGCUUGUCCUUACAUGAAGACAGAAGACGGACUUGAAAUGCAGUUUGGAGUCAACCACAUUGGCCAUUUCCUUUUGACCAACCUACUGUUAGAUCUGAUAAAGAAAGCAGCACCAAGUCGUAUCGUUAACGUGUCAUCCUUAGCACAUGUCUUUACUGGUCCACUGAAUUUUGCUGACAUUGCCAAAAGGGAAAAAUAUUAUAAUGCGGAAGAAGCUUAUACACAGAGCAAACUUUGUAAUAUACUAUUUACGAAAGAAUUGGCAUCCCGCUUAGCAGGUACAGGAGUCACAACGUAUUCUUUACAUCCCGGUGCUAUUGACACAGAGUUAGGAAGGCAUUGGAGAAGUAAACAGAGGCUUAUUAGAGAACCGAUUUAUUUUAUAUAUUCUCUCUUUACCAAAACUCCAUAUGAAGGAGCUCAAACUAAUAUCUACUGUGCAGUUGAAGAAUCCUUGGAUAAGGAAACAGGGAAAUAUUACAGUGACUGUGCAGAAAAGGCUCCUUCCAAACCAGCUUUAGAUGAAGGGGCUGCUAAGAAGUUAUGGGAAUUCUCAGAAAAACUUGUUGGUCUUUAACUGUAGAAAAUCGAUGGUGUAAAUAGAUACCUAGUAACCAAUCUCUGGCACAAGAAGAAAUGGAAAACAAGUGCAUAUAAUAAUGAACAUACUGCUGAAAUACCUCAAUGGAAAAAAAUAAUAACUUUUAUUAGCAAUUUGCUAAGUAGGUCAUAAUAACAUUAAUUGAUUUAAUAAUUUGUUGUGUUUUUUAUAAACAUAAAAAAGGAUUUAGAC